AUGCAGGGGUCGGGUGAGAUGGGCAGGGCGGACAAACAUCCUGCGAGGGGCCUCGGAGUAGUUUUCGCACCGACGAGCGAUCCCAAGCACCACGGAGGCAUCACGUCCCUCGCGCUCAGCGACGGCGGGUUCACGGUCUUCACGGGCUCCCGCGACGCCACCGUGCGGCGCUGGGACGUCGGCCGGAAGGGCGGUCUCGACGGGAGGUGCACCGGCGUAUACGUCGGCCACACCGGCUGGGUCAACGACGUCGUGCUGUGCGGCGACGUCCUCGUCUCGUGCUCGAACGACCACACCGUCCGCGUGUGGCCCACCACGGGCGACGCGCCCUCGCCGCUGCACACGUACGCGGCGCACGCGGACUACGUGUCGCGGCUGGCCGGCGCGUCGGACCGCAGCAUGGUCGUCUCCGCGGGCCUGGGCGGCGAGAUCUUCCUCUGGGACGUCCACGCCGCGCGCCAGGCGCCCGUCUCGCGCAACACCCCCCCCGGGGUGUCUGCGAGCCCGAUCUGGACGUCGCCGACGCCCGGCGCGCCGACGUCGCCGGCCGCGAACGGCUCCGGCGCGAUCGAGAGCGCCGCGGGGCUCACGACGUCGUCGCUGUACCGCCCGCCGCCGUGCUCGCUCUACGCCGUCGCGUGCUCGCCCAGCGCGAGCGUGAUUGCCGCGGGCGGCACCGACCACGCGAUCCGGCUGUACGAUCCGCGCGCGGCGCGGCAGGCGCACGAGCUGCGCGCGCACAGCGACAUCGUCCGCGACCUGUGCGUGUCCCCCGACGGGCAGCUCUUGGUGUCGGCGUCGUCGGACGACACUAUCCGGCUGUGGGACCUCGGGCAGGCGCGGUGCGUGUCGACGUACCGCGUGCACCGCGACUCGUGCUGGGCGGUCGCGUGCGACGAGACGUUCUCGGUGUGCUACAGCGGCGGGCGCGACGGAGGGAUUGCGCGCACCGUGCUGAACAACGGCGCGUCGGACCUCCUCGCGCGGGAGGAGCGGCCCGUGCUCGCGAUCGCGGUGGACGAGGAAGAGGCCCCGGGGCGGAGCGCCCGCGUGUGGACGGGCACGCUCAGCUCGACCGUGAGCAGCUACGACGUCCCCACCACCCGCGGCCCCCGCCGCGCCUCCCUCAACAUGUCGCCGAUGAAACGGCACUCCUCCGGCACCUCCCCGGUCGUCGUGUCGCCGCUCCGCAAGAGCACGCCGGACGCGGAGGCCGCGGAGCCGAUCGCGGCGCCCGGCCCGCAGCUCCUCGGCACGCCGCCCAUCGUCCGCGCGGCGCCGCUGACGGACCGGCUCCACGUGCUGACUCAGGACCAGGUGGGGGGGGUCGCGGUGUGGGACCUCGCGCUCGGUCAGCCCGUGCACGACCUGGGCGUCGUGGACCUCCGCGACGCCGAGCGCGAGCUCUGGGACCCGACUGUCGCGCCGCCGGCGUGGUGCGCGGUCGACGUGAGCCUCGGCACGGUGCAGGUGCGCGUGAAGCCGCCGUCGUGCUUUUACGCCGAGGCGUACGCGAAGCAGACGGGGCUCAGCCACUACGGCGACGACGAGAAGGUCAACCUCGGCGGAACGCUCCUCCAGGGGGCGUUGUGUGCGUGGGCAGACGCACAGGGCGCCAAGCUGUCCGAGUACGUGGGGGACAUGUACGGCGGCGGGCCUGCGGGGCCCGUGCAGGGCGUGCCGGCGUGCGGAGAGGCCUUCGCGGCGCGCAUGGACCGCGCGGUGAAGGCGUGCGGGGCGCGGAAGACGGCGGCGCACGCAAGCGCGGACAAGCCGCGGCCGCCCGGGCCGCGGGACGCCGUGCGCCGGCCGUUCGCGUUCGCGAUCGAGGGGCCGCCCGUGCGGAUCAUGUGCGAGGACGCAGACGACGUGCCGUGGGCGGCAGUCUGCAGCACUCCCCCCGCGUGGCUCCAGCUGCCGUCGUUCGUGCCGCCGUGGCUCGCGGCGUGGGCGCUGCGCGGGGACCUCCCCGCCGGCGUGGGCGAGGCCGGAACCGCAGGGGACACGCGUAUGAGCUUCACACUCCUCCCGGCCCCCGGAAGCGCACUCCCCCCCCUCGAACAGGACACCCUCAUGGCCCCGAAGAUCCUCUCCAUCCGCAAGGUGGCACACUACAUGCAGGCGCGUCUGCGGGAAGCCGGCGCGACGGUCGGCGUGUUCGACCCGGAGGGUCCGCAGCCGACGCCCGCGCAGGUCAGCGCGGCCGGGGGGUGUAUUGCGGACGUCACGCUACGCGGCGCUGUCCUACCGUGGACCAUGACCCUUGCGGCCGUGCAGGCGCGCGUGGUGGGGCGCGCUGCGCCGCUGAGCCCCGCGGCCACGCAGGCCUCGGUCGGCGCUGGCGCUCCGUCGCCGCCGCCGCACGCCGCGAGCCUCAUCCUGGAAUACACCCUCCGAGACGCCAGUGCGCGCAUCGAGCUGGCUCCGCUGCCGAAGUUCGAGGGCUAG